UGGUAUCAUCCCGAAAUGUGGAAAAUUUGGGCACAUGCAUCAAAUUCAAAAAUUAAUAUUUUAUGGAGUACUAUGGCUAUUGAAAGCCAUUGGCGAGUUAUUCCACAUCAAAUUGAUCGAUUACAAUUAUUAUAUGAUGAACGAUAUAUAACAAAAUGGCAUGAAGAUUUUCAAGCCGAAUAG